AUGUCAGCAGACAAAAAAAGUGACUCGCAACAACUUGAUCGUCAACAAGCUCCCGUAGCAGCCAACCAACCACGGGAAAACCUUGUUCGAUUCAAUUAUCAUGAAGAUAAUGAAGGUUUAGUCAAUCGACAGAUCAAUUUGGAAUUGUAUGCUAGCUAUGCAUAUACAGCUAUGGCCCAUCAUUUUGAUCGACACGAUGUGGCUUUAAAAGGUCAUCAUAAAUACUUCAAGAAAAUGGCUGAAGAAGAAUACGAACAUGCAAACAAGUUCAUGGAAUACCAAAACAAACGUGGUGGUACAAUUGUUCUUUUGGAUAUCAAAAAACCAACCCAACAAAGUUGGAGCUCACCACUCGAAGCCCAUGAAACGGCAUUACAAUUGGAAAAGGAUGUUUAUAAAGCAUUACUUGAAUUGCAUAGCUAUGCUAAUCAACAUAAUGAUCCUCAUCUGACAAACUAUCUUGAAGAAGAGUUUCUUGAUGAACAGGUUAAAUCAAUCAAAGAAUAUUCGGAUUACAUCACCAACUUACGCCGUGUUGGACCUGGUCUUGGUGAAUAUAUCUUCGAUAAAGAAGAACUUGGAGAUUAG